AUGUUUCCUCAUUGGCAGGAUGUGCUUGAUGCGUUCGCUUAUGUUCCUCCUGAUACCACCAAUGAAAAUUACUACAAUGGGCCAUACUACAAACUUCUCUGUACUACGUUCCAUCCAUCCCUUUUAGAACAUUCAGGCUAUAUAAUUUGCCCAUUCUAUCCCCUUACAGAAGACGAUCCUGCUACUGAAAGAGCGACCUUCGUCGUUGUUACAAUGCAGUGGCAGCCCCUAUUUGUCUUGCAACUCCAUCCCCCUGGUCAUAUCAACCUCCUGUCGACCAGGAUUGCGGCAGACAGCAAGAUGAGGGCAACAUUCCGUAGCCUUUGCCCCGAAACUGUGACACCCAAGCUUCAUGGCGUCAGUGCCAUGGGACAAAGGCUUGCUUUUUAUUCCAUGGACACGAGCAGUGGCCGUGUGCUCCCUGACUAUGUUCCAACUGCUGGGGACGGCACGGAGAUGGACACAGUUCCAGAAAACAGGUGGGAGUUUGACAUCACGACAGAAGCUGGGCAUCAACAGUUUAUGAAAGUUGUAAACGACGUCAAAAACAUGGAUAGGAAUCGUGAAUCAUGGCAUGCAUGGUUAAACAAGGUCUUGUGUACCACACAGUAA